AUGCUUGGUAUACCUGCCAAACCUCCAACUAUAGUUCCUCCGGUUCCGAUGGGUAUGGGUGUUGGUUCUAUGGGUCCUAUGGGUCCUAUGAAUCCUAUGGGUCCAAUGGGUAUGGGUCCUAUGGGUCCUAUGGGUAUGAAUCCAAUGGGUCCAAUGGGUCCAAUGGGUAUGAAUCCUGUGGGUCCAAUGGGUAUGAAUCCUAUGGGUCCAAUGGGUAUGAACCCUAUGAAUCCUAUGGGUAAUCCUAUGGGCCCAAUGGUCCCCACAAUGUCUUCCAUAGACUCUACAGACCCUACUCAAGUGGCAUUGGAACAAGAAUAUAGAAUCAUGCUUCAACAAAUGUUAGAGCGAAGUAAACAUCGUGUGGUAUUCAAAUUUGAGCCUCAACUUCGCCGUCAAUUUGGCUUCGGCUUUGAUCCUGAUAGGCCAAUAUGUCCUUUCUGGCAGCAUUCCGGUGGUAAAUCAUGUCCCUAUCAAUCAGAUUGUCCCUUUAAGCAUCCCUCUAAAAUAUUCAACAACAAAAUAGUGUGCAAGUAUUGGCUUCGAGGUUUGUGCAAGAUGGGUGAUGAUUGUGACUUUUUACAUGAAUAUAAUCUCUCCAAGAUGCCUGAGUGUGCCUAUUAUGCAACUAACGGUGUAUGUCAGCAGGCUGGAGAGUGUAUCUACUUACAUGUUGAUCCUCAGAGUAAGAUUCCGGAGUGUUGGAAUUAUAGUAAUCUUGGCUUUUGUCCUGAGGGUCCUAAAUGUCCUCGUCGUCAUGUUAGAAAGGUGAUGUGUCCUCGAUAUCUAACUGGUGUUUGUCCUGAUGGUCCUAGCUGUGAGUUGGCUCAUCCUAAAUUUAAUCCUGCUUUGGUAAUGCAAUCGAAGUUUAAGAUUAUUACUGAUGAGGAGAUUAUCAAGAAGAGGACGAUCGAAGUGGAUGCUACUGAAGCUGAAGCACCUGCACCUGCACCUGUGCUUGCUGUACCUAUCGAGGGUCGUUGA